AUGGAUCAGGUAAUGCAGUUUGUUGAGCCAAGUCGGCAGUUCGUAAAGGAUUCAAUUCGGCUGGUUAAAAGAUGCACCAAGCCCGACAGAAAAGAAUUCCAGAAGAUUGCCAUGGCCACAGCCAUAGGAUUUGCUAUCAUGGGAUUCAUUGGAUUCUUUGUGAAACUGAUCCAUAUCCCUAUUAAUAACAUUAUUGUGGGUGGCUGAAUGCUUUCUCUUCGCGGGAACUAGGAGCAAAUGAGGGUGUGAGAAGCUUAUGAAGUAAAAAGUUGCCUGUAUACUUUGUGUUUUC